AUGGUGCUUUUGAGAUCUCUCACCAACCCAGCCCUACUCCUUCCUCCCCUGCAUCUCCCCCCCUUGUUCCAGCUGUCAUGCAAGCUGCUGGCAGUUGUGCUGAUGUGGCGGGCGGCUGUUGGUGACGUGGAGGGGAUGAGCCUGCGACUGCUGGAGCAGAUCCAAUCUUUCUUCUCACACCCGCUACUGCAGCAGCUACACCAUCAGCUCACCUCUCAUCCAAAUCAACUCUCUUCAAAUCACUUCUCCCCUCACCACCACCAUCCCCACCCCUCUGACUGGAAACCCGUUCUCCUCUCCGCCCUCUGCUCCUCACUCUCCUCUCAGCUCCCCUCCUCCCUCUCCUCUCUCUCCUCCCUCUCCUCCCUCCUCUCCUCCACUUCCCUCCUCGCCUCCUCCACCUCCUCCCUCACACCCUCCUCUCUCUCUUCCUCCUCUCUCUCCAUCGCCGAACGUUGCCUGGACUCGGUGGAAGCUGCGGGGAAGCUUCUGCGGGCUCUGGCAGGGGCAGGAGGAGCAGAGGGAGGAGUGAGUCGCUUGCUGGGAGGAGGGUUGGAGUCAGGAGGAGGGGCAGCAGCAGGAGGAGCAGCGGCAGGAGGAACAGCAGGAGGGGAAGCAGGGCAAGGGCAGGGAGUAGCAGAAGUGAGGGUAGAGCGGUUAGAGAGCAUUGCCUGCAGCAUGACUACUGCAUUCUUCCCACGCAGCCUCACUGCCUCUGCUGGUCUCCGCUCCUGGGGCAGCCACAGCAGCAGCAGCAGCGGCAGUGGCGGUGCUGGUGCUGGUGCUGGUGGCGGUGGCAGUGGCAGUGGUGGUGGUUCUGCUAGUGGAAAGUCGCCGCCUCUUGCCGUGGUGGCAGCAGCAGCAGAGGCGUGUUUGAUAAUAGAUGGGUUCCUGUGGCAGGCAGGGGGGUUGCUGGGAGCAGCAAAGGCUGCAGGAGACGUGCUGGCUGUCAGCAGCGGGGGAGGACUGAGUGGUGCAGAUGGGUUUCAGGGGAGUAUGGUGGGUUCGGAGGAUCCCUGGGCUUUGCAGUGCGGUGCAGAUGGGUCGACUGCGGUUGAGCCCUCUUUUCUUGAAAGCACCAUCGAUCUCCUCCUGGCCGUUGGAUUCCUGCGCCACGUCAGCACCAUUACUGACGGCCUGCCACCUCAUGCGCACCUCAGCGUCGGCCCUUUCCAGGAAGCUUCCGCCGCCUUUGGGGGGCUGUAUGAUGAUAGAGGGGGUUCAGAUUUCACUGCAGCAGCAGCGGCGGCAGCAGCAGCAGGGGCAGCAGCAGCGGCAGCAGCAGCAGGGGCAGCAGCAGCGGCAGCAGCAGGGGGUGUAGCAGGGAGAGGAACGGGAGGAGCAGGGGUAUGGGGUCGGUGCGAGAGGCUUGGGAACUCUGGUCGCUGGCUCUCACUGUCACCACCUGCAUGUUCCGCGCCCUCCUCCCUCCCCCUUCUCUCUCCGACUCCCUCUCUCUCGCCUCCUCCUCCGGUCUUCCUUUCUCACUCUCCCCCUCCCCCCGCCUCCUCCUCUCUCUCUUCCACUGCUGCAAGACUAGCCCUUGACUUUCUCUCUUUCCAGCUCCCUUCCCUCUUAGCCGCCCUCUCCUCUCCCCUCCACCCCUCGCGCUCUCUCCUCUCCCUCUCAACCCCCACACCUCCCUCCUCAUAUGCCUCCUCUCUCCUCUUCCCCCACCCCUCGUUACAGUCACAAUCAACACAGUCACGAGGGCACCAAUCCAAAAAGCGCCAUCAGCUAAUCACAAGCCUAUCAGCCCUCCGAUCCACCAAUCGCGUUCUCUCCCUCCUCUGCCAAACCUCCCCGCAACUCCUCCCCGCUCUCCCCCUCUCCCCCUCCCCUCUCCAGCCCUCUCCCCUCUCCCCCAACCUCUCGUCCGAACUCUCCUCCUCAUGCUCUCUCCUCCUGGCUUUUAUCGCUCGGGAGGGGUUGGCGAGGCCUGUGGGGGGGGCGAGCAGCAUAGUGUGUCACAUGGGUGGGAGGGAGGAGGCAGCAGCACAUGCACGCACACCUGGUACAAGCACAGGCACGGCAGGAGGUUUGGGCCUCUGGGGUGCGAAGGGCCAGCAGGAGCAGGCUGGGUUCGGAGCAGGUUCGGCAGGUCAAACCAAGCCUGGAGGUUCGGCAGCGGGUGGGAAGGCCGGAUGGGGGGCAGGAGACGGGAAGGGAGGAGGAGCGGCCGGCGUUCGUCGUCUGCAUUCAGAGUACACGGAUACUGUAGCAAUUGAGGUUUACUCGCUUGCUCUACACUCCCUACACUUCCUCACGGCCCUCCUCCGCAGAUAUUUUCCCUCGGCCGCUGACAUGGCAGGGGGGUGUGCUGACGUGGCAGGGAUGCAGCAGUGGGCAGGGAGAGGGGUGGGCGGAGGGGAGGUAGGAGAGGGGGGAUGGAUGGGAGGGUUGAGGGGAGGAGGGGGAGGGGUGAUGGCGGGGGUAAUGGGAGGGGCGGCAUCAGCAGUGGUGGUGAUGGGGGAAGGUGCGCCAGUGCUGCCAGCACCAGAGGUGCUACACGGACUAGAGGACCAAGCAGUGGCAAUCAUUCUCGACAUUCUCGCCUCCGCAGACCAAACCAACCACCCCUCCUCCUCAUCCACCACCCCAAGCCAACCCCCCACCAACCCACCCACCUUCAACCCCUCCUCUCCUCUCCGCCUCACCACCCUCUUUGGAAACCCCAGCCUCUCCUCCCCACCCGCCCGCUCCCCCCCCUCAUUACCCUCCUCCUCCUCCCCCUCCUCCUCUAUCUCGUCCUCCUCUCUGCCGCCCGCACGGCUGGCGGUGUGUCGGCUGCUUCUGGGGGUGCUGGUGAGGGCGCUGGCAGUGGAGGUGGCGUUGGUGCGGCUAGUGGGUCCCACCAUGCUGCCCUCUGCUCUCAGGCUCGAUGACUUUGACGCUGCUGUGCAACUUAUAGUGCAAGCAGUGGAGGUGGCGUUGGUGCGACUAGUGGGUCCCACCAUGCUUCCUUCGGCCCUUCGCCUUGAUGAUUUCGGCGCUGCCGUGCAACUCAUAGUGCAAGCGGCAGGCAGGGAGCCAUUGAUCCAGUCGGAUGUGGAGGCAGUGGUGCCGCUCGUCAGUGCACUCACUCACCUGUCGUAG